UCCCAAUUUUCGGCAUGUGUUUCGUCUGGUUGAUAGGAGUACGCCUACUUUUUUAAAUAUUUUAAAUGUACGUCGGACAUAAAUAAUGUCCGAAAAUCAAGAAGCAAAUAAAUUUUGUUUUGCUAUUGACAGAGGUGGAACGUUUACUGAUAUUUUUGCCCUUUGUCCUGGUGGAAAAGUAAAAGUCUUAAAACUUUUAUCAGAUGAUCCUGCUAACUACAGUGAUGCACCUCGAGAAGGAAUCCGACGAAUUCUUUCUGAGGUUACUGGAAAUGAAUAUGAUCCAUCCAGUCCAAUCAAGACUUCAGAGCUUAAUUUCAUUCGCAUGGGCACAACUGUUGCCACAAAUGCACUCCUGGAAAGAAAAGGUGAACGAAUAGCCUUGGUGAUAACUGCAGGCUUCAAAGAUGUUUUGCACAUUGGGAAUCAGUCGAGGCCAAAGAUAUUUAGCUUGGAAAUUGUUUGUCCAGAUGAUUUAUAUGAAGAAGUAAUUGAAGUAGAAGAAAGAGUUGUUUUACAACAGGACCAAUGUCAGAUCAAGAAAACAUGUCCUGUUUUGAUUGGAACAACUGGAGAAAAUAUAGAAAUCUGGACCUCUUUAAAUGAAGACAAAUUAAUGACUGAUCUUCAGAAAGUUUAUGACAAGGGCAUUAGGAGCUUAGCUGUUGUUAUGAUGCAUUCCUAUUUAUUUCCAGAUCAUGAGCAGUACGUUGGUAAAAUCGCACAAGAAAUUGGUUUCGAGCAUGUGUCCUUGUCUUCAGAAGUUAUGCCAAUGGUACGCAUGGUUCCUCGUGGGCAUACAGCUUGUGUGGAUGCAUAUUUGACACCUUGUAUUAAAAGAUAUGUUGAAAAUUUCUCUUCAGGGUUUGAAGAGAAGCUGAAGGAUGUCAAUGUUUUGUUUAUGCAAUCAGAUGGAGGUUUGACACCUAUGAACUUAUUUUUCGGUUCCAGAGCUAUUUUGUCAGGCCCUGCUGGUGGAGUUGUGGGUUAUAGUAAAACUACAUAUAACAAAUAUUCUAAUUUGCCUAUUAUUGGUUUUGACAUGGGAGGUACUUCUACAGAUGUGAGUCGUUAUGAUGGACGAUAUGAACAUGUUUAUGACACAGUUGUUGCUGGUGUUAGUGUUCAAGCUCCACAGCUAGAUAUUCAUACUGUUGCGGCAGGAGGUGGUUCUAUGCUGUUCUUUCGAUCAGGACUAUUAGUUGUUGGACCGGAAUCUGCUGGAGCUCACCCUGGACCCGUUUGCUACAGAAAAGGUGGCUUCCUGACUGUAACAGAUGCUAAUCUUUGUCUUGGUCGCCUACAGCCUGAUUUCUUUCCAAAAAUCUUUGGUGAAACAGAAAACUUGCCUCUUGACAAAGAAGCUACAAUGGUAGCAUUUGAAAAAUUAACGGAAGAGGUCAACAGUUUCAGAAAGUCUCAAAAUGUAGACCAGAAUAUAGCUAAUCUAACAGUCGAAGAAGUUGCCUUGGGUUUUAUUGAAGUUGCCAAUGAAGCCAUGUGUCGACCUAUUAGAGCUUUAACACAAGGAAAAGGUUUUGACACGUCUCAACAUAUCUUGGCUUGUUUUGGUGGCGCAGGUAGCCAGCAUGCAUGCUCUAUUGCUAAAAAUCUUGGAAUAUCUACCAUUUUUAUUCACAGGUAUGCAGGCAUACUUUCAGCUUUUGGGAUGGCAUUAGCAGAUGUAGUGUCUGAAGCUCAAGAAUCAUGCGCAAAAAUUUACUGUGCUGAAAAUUUUGAAUACAUUGAUUCAAGAAUUGAAGAAUUAUCAAACAGAUGUCGGGAAGCAUUACAGAGUCAAGGAUUUUCAGAAAAAGAAAUCACCCUGGAACUGUUUCUUAAUUUACGGUAUGUAAAAACUGACUGUUCUCUCAUGUGCAUUGGACCCUCUGUUACCUCUCCUCCCUAUUGCUUGAAAGAAAACUUCUUGACCUGUUUUCUGGAAAGGUAUGAACGAGAAUUUGGAUUUUGCAUUCCAGAUCGAGACAUUGUUGUCGAUGACAUUCGUGUGAGAGGUAUUGGUAAUCAACAUUUUGAUUUUAGCUGUGAAAUUGAAAAUGCUGUAAAUCCACCUGAACCUAAAGUAGUUGAAAAAUGUUAUUUUGAUGGUGGCUACCAAGAUACUGCUAUUUAUAUGUUGUCUGAUCUUCGUUGUGGGCAUGAAAUAAUUGGACCAGCAAUUAUAAUAGAUGUUAAUUGCACUAUUUUGGUUGAUCCAGAUUGUGUGGCCUCUAUUACUAAAGAUGGUAGUGUUCUAAUUCAAGUGUUAAAAUCUGAAAUGAAAUGUGUUGGUACUGAGCUUGAUAUGAUUCAGUUGUCUAUAUUUUCUCAUCGCUUUAUGAGUAUUGCAGAGCAAAUGGGAAAGGUGCUUCAGAGGACAUCGAUAUCAACUAACAUAAAAGAACGUUUAGACUUCUCUUGCGCUCUUUUUGGUCCUGAUGGAGGAUUGGUCUCCAACGCUCCACACAUUCCUGUGCAUUUGGGAGCGAUGCAAGAAGCCGUUCAAUUCCAGAUGCAUUAUUUGGGAGACAAUAUUCAUCCAGGUGAUGUUUUGUUAACCAACCAUCCCUGUGCUGGAGGAAGCCACCUUCCUGAUUUAACAGUAAUCACUCCGGUAUUUUAUGGAGCAAAUUCCAAGCCAGUAUUUUUCGUGGCCAGUCGAGGACAUCAUGCUGAUAUCGGUGGUCUUACCCCUGGAUCUAUGCCUCCUCAUUCAGUAUCACUGCACCAAGAAGGAGCCACUUUUGUGUCUUUCAAAUUAGUGAAAGACGGAACUUUUCAAGAAGAAGAAGUUACUGAAAUUUUAAAUGCCCCUGGUAAUCUUCCUGGCUGCACUGGAACUAGAAAUCUAAAAGAUAAUCUUUCAGAUUUAAGAGCACAAGUGGCCGCCAAUCAAAAGGGCAUCAACCUUGUUCAAGAGAUGAUUAAAGAAUAUGGGCUUGAAGUUGUGCAGAUAUACAUGCAGUACAUCCAGCAAAAUGCGGAGCUUGCUGUGAGGGACAUGUUAAAACAAAUAGGUCAAAAUACUCUCCAAAAAAGUGCAACUACUACCUUAAUGGCUGCUGACCACAUGGAUGAUGGCACGAUUAUUCAAUUGAAGAUUGAAAUUGAUAUUGAGGAGGGAAGUGCAAUCUUUGAUUUUGAUGGAACUGGAUAUGAAGUAUAUGGAAACUGCAACACCCCUCGUGCUGUAACUCUGUCUGCAAUAAUAUAUUGCCUUCGAUGCAUGGUUGGCCAUGAUGUUCCCUUGAACCAGGGCUGUCUAGCUCCAGUGAAAGUGCUUAUACCCAAAGGGACCAUUUUGCACCCCUCAGAGACUGCUGCUGUUGUGGGUGGAAAUGUUUUGACGUCCCAGAGAGUUGUGGAUGUCAUAUUUAAAGCAUUUAAGACUUGUGCAGCAUCACAAGGCUGUAUGAAUAACAUAACAUUUGGAGAUGAACAUGUUGGUUAUUAUGAAACAGUUGCUGGAGGAGCAGGUGCCGGACCACAUUGGCAUGGCAGAAGUGGUAUUCAUACCCAUAUGACAAAUACACGAAUCACCGAUCCAGAAAUCUUUGAAAGAAGGUAUCCUGUAAUUUUAGAAUUGUUUCAUUUGAAUCGAGGGACCGGUGGUAGAGGCAAAUAUCGAGGUGGAGAUGGAGUGUUGAGGAAGAUACUGUUUCGAAAGAACUUUGUUUUGUCUGUGCUGACUGAACGACGGGUAUUUGCACCUUAUGGAUUAGAAGGAGGAGAUGAUGGACGUAAAGGUAUGAAUUUAUUGAUUCGCAAAGAUGGCAGGCUCAUCAAUCUUGGCGCCAAGAAUUCCGUAAGAGUUGCAGCUGGGGAUGCAUUUCUCUUACAAACUCCAGGAGGUGGAGGCUAUGGUUGUGAUAAAUAAAUCAAGAAUAUUGAAGAAUAAUAUAUUUUGUUACAAUUUUUAAGAACUUUUAUGCUUAAAGAAAUAUAGGAAUUGUUAUAAAUUUUGGAAAUUUAUUAAAUGUUAUAUUUAAAGUCA